AUGGAAGAUAGAGAAAUCACAACUUUCAACUGCGAUAUUUUAAUAUGUGGUACGAGUUUGUUGAAUAGUUUACUUUCUUCCUAUUUUUCCAUCAAUAAUUACAAAGUAAUAAAUAUUGACAAAAAUAAUUACUAUGGUGACGUUAACUGUUCUCUAAAUUUUAAUCAAUUUCAGGAACAGAAAGUAAACCUUGAAAACUUUUACGAAGAAUAUUUGCCUUUUUCAUCAAACAUACAGGAUGAGGUGGGCGGGGAAAAAAAAAAACUGAUGGAAGAAAUAAUUCAAAAUUAUUUUCAAUUAAAUAAUAAUAAAUUUAAUAUUGACUUAAACCCAAAGAUAUUAUACAAUGAAAGUAAUAUUGUCAGUUUGCUAGUUAGCCUAAAUGCCCAUACAUAUGUCAAUUUUGUAGGAAUACAGCACUUCUAUUUAACAUCUAAAAAGGACAACACAAACCAAACAAUUAUCACUAAUUCAGAAAAAACACAAGUUAGUAAUACUCAAAAAGAAAAACAUAAAAAUAAAACGGUAGAAAAUAUGAAUGAAACAUGUGUCCAUAGUCUUUCUACGAUAGAUGAUGAAAAAGAAGAUAAUCUAAUUUUGCUAAAAAUUCCUCUAAACAGAUCACAAGUUUUUUUAGACAAUAAUUUAAAUCUUAGUGAAAAAAGAAUGAUUAUGAAUUUUAUAUAUAAAAACAUUGUUCAUGAUAAGAAUUACACGUUUUCGAAUUUUUCUAACUAUAAUUUUGUAAAAAAGGCAAAUGUAACUCAACAAGAAUUUUUGCUGCAAAAUAAUGAAUCCGUAUCAAGUAAAAUAAUAAGGAAUACCGCAGAUAAUUACAUCUAUGAAAAAGGGAAAAAUGUAUGUAAUAAAAAGGAACCAUUUCAACAUGAAGAGCAAAUAGAAGAAAAAUGCUUGAAUGUCAGCAUUUGUGAAUUUUUGAAAUCAUAUAACAUUAAUGAUAAAAUAACUGAUUAUAUCAUUUACGGGAUUGGUUUAUUUGAUUUAGAAUUAGGAUAUAGAAAUGAUAGAAGCAUCUCGCAGUACUACUUGAGUGGUUAUACAAAGGAUAAAAUGUUUGUUAUGAAUAAAGGGGAGUUUUUACAACGCUUACACAUUUUAGUAAAUUCUUUAAAUAAAUUUAAAUUACAAAAUCUGUUUGAAAAUGCUUUUAUUUACCCAUCUUAUGGUUUAAAUGAUAUUAUAUAUGCAAUAUCAAGAGUAGCCAGUUUAAAUAAUUCUAUAUAUAUGAUUAAUAGAAAAAUAAAAAAUAUUAUACUUUCUGAUUUUUACAUUAACAAUGUUGGAAGAAUUGAGAAUAAUAAUAAUAAUAAUAAUAACACUUUUUCCUUUCACACAUCAUCAAAAAUAAAAGAAAUCGUCUUAGAUAAUGGCCAUAUAAUUAGACCCAAUUUUGUUAUAUCGUCCGGAUCCAAUAUAAAUUUCUACGAAAUGAAAAAGUACCUUUUUUGCAAAAAUAAAAGUAACAAAGCUCCUAGAAAAGAAAAAAUACAAAUUAAAACUAAUAGGUUAGUCGUCUUAAGUACUUACUCACUUAUUGGAAAAAAUGGCCUCUCCUUUUACAUACACAAACAACCAAAAAUGGAGCAACAACAAGAAAAAGAAGGAGGACAAAAAAAAAAAGAGUUCUAUAACAUGAAUUGCUCGGUACAUAUAUUACAACUAGAUCACAGUAGUGGUUCUUGUCCCUUGGGUUUUUUUUUAACGUACUUUACAUAUUUAGAAAUAGAAAAAAAGCAAAACCAAGCUUCUAACAUUUCAAAUAAUGGAAAAAAUGAGGAUACGAAAAAUCAGAAGCCUUUAAAUUUCAUGUUACUCUUUAAUGUCUUAAAAUUAUUUGUUAAAAAACAUAGAUUUAUUAGUAAUACAUCUGUUGACUCAUACUUACCCGUUAAAAUCCCAUUUGAUGAACAAAUUCUGAACAAAAUCGCGGACUUCUUUAGCACGCAGAAGACACAAAAUAUUAUUAGCAAAGAAGAAGUAAUCAAAGUGAGGGAAACCGAAAAUGAGGAAAACAAUCAGAAAAACAACCAGAAGAAUGACCUGAAAAGUGAAGUGAUAAAUAUGAAGCUCCAAAAGGAAAGUAUUAAAAAUGGCCCAAAACAGGAUGGAGGGAAUGAACGAAAACAAGCACAAUUUAAUGAGACAAAAAGGCAAUCCUCUAUAAAAGCCUUCAAUGACUUACUAACAAACGAAGGAAUCAUUUAUUAUGCAUAUUAUGAAUAUAAACCAGUAGUGUACAGAAAAGAUACUAUCAAAUUAAUUAAUCAAAAUGUACAGAACUAUAGAAAAAUAUUUGAAAAUAUAAAAAAGCUUAAGGAACAAAAUCAAAAACAAAAACUAGAACAAAAACAAGAGAUGUGUGAAAAUCAAAAAAAUGAAGUAAAUAAAAGAAAGGUUAAUUGUAAUAACAAUAGUGACAUAUCUGAAACUACAAACAAAACCAACGAAAACAAAGAUGCAAACAUACAUGAGCGAAAUAACAAUUGUAAUCUUUCUUACAGCAACCAACUUAUAGGGAUAGACGAAAAUAAAAACAUUUGCAACUUACUUUUUACAAAUGACAUCCACAAUUACCCCAUUUAUCCCCUAAUUGAAGAUAUUUCUAUGUUUUUUUAUAUUAUUAAUAAAAUUCAUAAUACUUUUUUUCAGUCACACCAUGGACAAACAAUAUAUGAUACAUAUACCGACGUAAUAAAAACAUUUUUUAAUAAUCGAACUGCACAUAACAGUUCUUAA